AUGUUCUUGCUCCGAUUGUUCAUGGUAGCGAUUACUAUUUCUGCUACUUAUUCAAUUGAAAUCAAUCCUAAAAUAUUAAUAAAUAAUGUUGAGUGCUUAGUGGAUUUAAGCACCCAAUUAGUUAAAGGUGAAUGUCGUAUUUCUUUAGAAAAUAAUGAUGAUAAACCUGUAAACUCUAUUUUAUAUGCAUUUGAACCUUCAUACAAAAACCACAUAGCAUUUGUUUCUGCUCACCAAAUAUAUGAAUCUAAUCGCUUAGGUUUACAUGUUAAACCAGUGGCACUCCUUGGACACGGAGAUAAACAAUUUUAUCAAAUUGAUUUUAAUGCAACACGGCCAUUAAGAUUAAAAAGUCGUACACCGAUUGUAAUUGAAUAUGUAUUAACAAACGCUUUGUACCCUCAUCCUGAAGAAAUAACUCAAAAAGACAGACAGCUUAUGAUGUUUAAUGGAAAUGCUUAUUUUUACUCUCCUUACAAAACUCUCAAGUCUUCAAUUAAAUUUCAAACUGGUACAAGGCGAAUAGAAGAUUAUACUAUUUUCAAUCCAGUAUCGUUAUCGUCUGGAGAUGUAAUCUAUGGGCCUUAUGGUUCAUUAGAAUCAUUUGCGUAUUCAAAAGUUAGUAUUCAUUAUGAUAAUAAUACUCCAUUUUUGAAAGUUACCAAACUGAUUAGAACUAUUGAACUAUCACAUUGGGGAAAUGUAGCUGUUACCGAAGUUGUUGACCUUGCUCAUCAUGGUGCAAAGUUAAAAGGUUCAUUUUCGCGUUAUGAUUACCAACGUGAAACAAAUAGCGGGGUGUCCAGUGUAAAAUCUUUCAAAAUGUACCUUCCAGCUUCAGCAACAAGUGUUUACUAUAGAGAUGUUAUUGGUAACAUAUCUACAUCAAAUCAAAGAACACUUUUGGAUUCUGUUGAGUUAGAUAUUCGACCAAGAUUUCCUUUGUUUGGUGGUUGGAAAACUCACUAUACAAUUGGUUACAAUGUACCAGCUUAUGAAUAUUUGUACAACAGUGGUGAAGACUAUUUGUUAAAAAUGCGUCUAAUCGAUCAUUUAUACGAUAAUAUGAUAAUUGAAGAUGUAACAGUAGUCAUUAUACUUCCUGAAGGAUCAAGCGAUUUGAACCUAAAAACCCCACAUCCGAGUGUACGUUUGCCAGAUGGCUUACACUAUACAUACUUGGAUACCAUUGGUAGACCCACAAUUAAAUUGAAAAUGUCAAAUGUUGUAGAAAGUCAUAUUAGUGAUUUUGAAUUAAAAUAUAAAUUUCCAAAAGCGUUUAUGUUUCAUGAACCAUUGAUUGUUAUUAUUGCUAUUUAUAUUCUAUUUAUAACUGUCAUUAUUUGGGUUCGUUUGGACUUCUCAAUAGCCAAAGAUGUUCACAGUGAAACUCGUCAGCGCAUAUCUGGGAUAAUGAGUGCAAUUAUGUAUCAUAUUGAACGAAGAGCUAAUGUAUACAACUCUUGGGACGAGGCUUUGAAUAAAUUGAAACAUACCAAAGAUGUAAAUUCUUAUAAUACAACAGUAAAACAGAUUCAGGCAGAUUAUAAAAAUGAAUCAAAUGGAAUCAAUGAAUUAGCUGCAAAAUUAAAAACUGAAUCAGUAGAACUAACAGAUAAAUUGAAUGAUGUACAGAAGACUGAAAAAUUAUUAAAAGAACUUUAUGGACAGACCCAAGCUUUAUAUACUGAAAAACUUAUAGCCGGUAAAGUUGGAAGAAAUCAAUUUGUUGAGUUGGACAGUGGUCUCAAGCGGAAAAAAGAAGAAUGUCAAGAAAGAAUCACUCAAUUGUUAAAAUCAUUAAACUAG